AGAAAAUGUAUGGAUAACAAUGAAAUAAAACUAAACACAUUUGAAGUUCUACCAAUUUAUGGAUGGGAUAAUUUGCGAAAUAAAUAUGCAGGAAUGGUUAUCGCAUCAAACUAUUCUCAAUGUAAAAUGACAAUUGAUGGAAAAUAUCUGAUUCCAGAUGAUGUGUAUUUGAUUCCACAAAGAGUCAGCAGAAUUCACCAGUACGCCGAACUAAUAACUCAUUGGCACAACUACUCAAGUGUUACUUCAAAGUCAAUUAAUGCUGAUGCUGGCAUUCAGUUAAAAAGUUUUGGAAUAAGUGGGAAAUAUUCCAAUGAUUACUUAAAUUCCAAAUCGAAGCAGGUUAUGGAUAAAUCGGUUAUGACUAGAGUACAGCUUAGAUACACGGGGUAUGUAGCUAAACUUCAACCAAACGCCAAACUUCAUCCUCAGUUUAAACAAGUACUGCAUUCUGUCGGCUCCAAUAUACAAUUGAAUCGUACAAAUGAAGCUCGGUAUUUGAGUGAAAUGGUCGUUAGAGAUUUUGGAACCCAUUUCGUCAACACCAUAACGGCUGGAGCAGCCUUGACCCAGGAAGACUUUGUUAGUCGAGAGCUGGUUUUAAAAAAUGAGGAAAACAAACGUUCAAUCCUGGCAUCUGCUUCUGCUAAUUUUUUUGGGGUGGUUCACGCUAGUGCCAGUACUAAGUCAUCUACAGACAAGAAAAUGCAAGAUUCCUAUGACAAAAGUAAAACCAGUUCAUACAUUACUGCUUAUGGUGGAUCAAUGUACACGUUCCAAAACUACUCUGUGAACAAAUGGGCUGAAAAAUUAAAUGACAAUUUAGUUGCAAUGGAUAGAGCUGGAGAUCCAUUAUUCUUUCUAAUCACACCAGAGACGCUUCCAGAACUACCCGUAAGCAUCACCCUGCAAAUUAGAGAAUAUGUAUUUGAAGCUAUUCGUAGAUACUAUGAGUAUAACGUACAUCGUGGUUGCAUGGAUAUUAACUCUCCAAGCUUUUCAUUCCAUGCCAAUGUGGACGAUGGAAGCUGUAAACCGCCUGUGUCUAAUUUAACCUUUGGUGGCGUAUUCCAGACAUGUACUAUGACUCGAUCAGAAGCAGGAAAUCUUUGUGGAAAUCUUAACCAGCCUAAUCCUAAAACAGGUAAAUAUUCUUGUCCAACUCAUUAUCAAGCCGUACAAUUAUACACAGAGCAUUAUGAGAAAAGUGUCCCCUACAGAUCCUGUCAUCAUUGUGGAUGGUGGAGUCGAUGUUGUCAAUCUGGAACUAAAUAUUCCUUUGCCACCCUUAAAGUCUACUGGUGUGUUGCAACAAAACCCGUACCACGCAACUCCGGUUAUUUGUUUGGUGGACUCUUCACAUCUCACGUCGAUAAUCCAGUCACAAUGGAUAAAUCUUGCCCUGCUGAAUACUCUACUAGGAUGGUAGGAAGUGAUUUGAAAGUUUGUAUAAGCGACGAUUAUGAAUUAGGAACACCAGGCGCACUACCAUUUGGUGGAUUUUUUAGUUGUAAAAGUGGAAACCCGCUAGCUGACAGAAACCGAAACGAAAACCUAAACAACGAAGAGAAAAUGAGCCCGCUUAUGACACUUCGGGAGUAUUACAGAAAGAAUGAAGAAUACAGUGGACCUAAAGCUUGCCCUAAAGGUUACAGUCAGCACUUAGCUAUCAUCAGCCAAGAAUGUUCCAUCUAUUAUUGCAUUAUCUCAGGAGCACUCAAUUCACAAGGUCUUCUGCCUGUUAGAAGACCACCAUUUACU